GCCAGCCGUCACGUAGCAACCGCAAAAAAGCGCGUGGCCCAAUUCCCCGCCAUUUCGGGGUGCGAGUCGCAGCGGACGACUGCCGAGGUCGCAUCUGGGCCAGGGCAUCAGGGCAUCUGGGGAACCCCAUGGGAUCCAUGCAUUGGUAUGGGGUGGGAACUCCUCCCCACACUAUGAGCCACAUGAUAUGCAUGGCCUGAGCCUGCCACUCGUCAGGCACAGCAACCCGAGCGUGUUGCCCCGCCCGACAGGCCACAGGCCAGCAUGGGCUGUCCACCACCAGGGAAAACACCAGUUCAUCCCGGCACCGACGGGGACGGCCAGCUGGUGUUGACUCGCUGCACAUGGCUGCAUCAUGGCAGGUCCGGUGGGCCGGAGUUCUUGGGGGCAAUCAAAGUCGGCCCGGUUGGGGCUCGCUCUCGCCGCGGACGGGCCCUGAGAUUGUCUCGCCAGUCGGCGCAGCUGUCACCGUAGCCACAGGCGUGCCGAUGGCAUGUCGUCGUCGUCAUGCCCUCACCCUCACCCUCAUCUAGUAGUGUGAAUAUAUAAGUACUGGCCUGGUUGGGCCCGCCCACUGGGGCCGGAGGCGGAUGGUUGCUCGAUCAGGCCUUGGUGAUUGUCGUGCUGCCGUCCGCCUCUCCUCCUCCCCUCGUCCCCCCAUGAUGGUCAGGUCUCCCAAUCUCUCGUCCGCCUCGGCGGUGCUGCUGUCUGCCCUCCUUGCCGGCGCGCCUUCUCCGGCACUGGCUGUUGACCCGACAGUCAGCCUCGACUACUCGACUUAUAUCGGCACAGCACAGUCGGGCACAGGGGUUACUGAAUGGCUUGGAAUUCGUUACGCAGCGCCUCCUCUUGGGGACCUUCGCUUUGCACGGCCCCAGGACCCUGCUGUGGUCAGCACCCCACAGCCGGCUAACCAACAUGGCAAGUAUUGCAUCGGCACCGGCAAACCAUCCAACGCAACCGACACAUCAGAGGACUGCCUAUACCUCGACAUAUACGCGCCGAGCAACGCCACCUCGACAUCCAGGCUUCCCGUCUUCUUCUUCAUCCAGGGGGGCGGCUUCAACGAGAACUCCAACGCCAACUACAACGGCACGGGGCUGGUCAACGCGUCCGGCAACAACAUCAUCGUAGUCACCUUCAACUACCGCGUGGGCCCGUACGGCUUCCUGACGAACAACGACGGGCUGCAGGCCAACAACGGGCUGUACGACCAGCGCAAGGCGCUGCAGUGGGUGCAGGACUACAUCUCCCAGUUCGGCGGCGACCCGGGGCACGUCGUGCUGGGCGGCGACUCGGCGGGUGCGGCGAGCGUCAGCCUGCACCUGGCGGCGUUCGGGGGCCGCGACGACGGGCUGUUCCACGCGGCGGCGGCGGAGUCGGUCUCGUUCGCGACGGUGCUGACCCCCGAGGAGAGCCAGUACCAGUACGACAGCCUCGCGGUGCGGCUGGGGUGCACCGGCAGCAGCAGCGAGACUCUGGCGUGCCUGCGGGCCAAGCCCGCGGUGGAACUCCAGGACGCCAACUUCAACAUCCCGUACCCGGGGGCCGAGGCCGCGCCCAAGUACAUGUACAACCCGGCCAUCGACGGCGACCUGAUCCGGGAGCUGACAUACACGGCCUUCGAGCAGGGCAGCUUCGUCAAGGUGCCCGUCAUCAUCGGCGACGACACCAACGGCGGCACGUCGUUCGCGCCCGAGGACACGUCGACGCUGGCCGAGAGCAACGUGUGGCUCCGGGACCAGUUCCCCUACAUCACGCCGGCGCAGCUCGCCGACAUCAACGCGCUGUACCCAAACGCCAACGACACGUGCCCCAACGCCGGCUGCUACUGGCGGCAGCUGUCGGACACGUACGGCGAGAUGCGCUACAUGUGCCCGGGGAUAUACAUCACCUCGGCCUAUGUCGGCUACGGCGUCCCCCAGAGCUGGCACUACCGGUGGAACGUCGAGGACCCGGCGCAGGUGGCCGCGGGCAAGGGCGUGCCGCACACGGUCGAGCUGAACGCCAUCUUCGGGCCCUUCAACACCCGCGGCAACGCGCCCGACAGCUACUAUCCCAACGGGACCAACGCCAACGCCGUGCCGGUGGUGCAGGCGUACUGGACCAGCUUCAUCAGGUCGUACGACCCAAACACGUACCGGCUCGACGGGACGGCAGAGUGGCAGCCGUGGGACGAGGACAGCCAGCAGCGGAUCCUGUUCGACACGGGCGGCCUGACGAGCAUGGAGAGUCUGGCGGGCUCCGAGCUGAUGCAGCGCUGCGAGUAUUGGUUCGGCAUCGGCGUGGACAUUCGUCAGAAAAAGAGGUCAGUGUCGUAGCCCGGUGCCAGCGUCGCACAUGCUCGCAUGGGCAUAUAACAAGACGAGGUAGUAGCAAC